GAAUACCUAUUGCUACUACAUCCGAAAAAUAAAAAUGCACUUAGCAAAAGGAAGUAUCAUCUAAUUAAUUGCAAUUACAUAUAUUAGUAAUUGCUAUGAUUGAGUAAAUAUUUUUUACCCCAUAUAUAACUUUUUUUUGGUAAUACCCCAUAUAUAACUUAUUCUAUCCGUUCUAUUUCUUCCCAUUUUUUUUAGCCUGCAUUGAAUCAAACUAUUCAUCUUUAAUUCAAAAUUCCACUUUUAUCUAACGAAAAAAAGAAGCAAUUAUCAAGAAGAGGAAGCUGCAAUGGUUGUUGCUAAGCAAAUUGUUGAGGACAUAUCUGCGGCAAAAAUGAAAUCAAAAUCAAGAUCUUCAACAAUAUUGAGGUUUUUAUCUCUGAUGUUGGUACUUAUGAUUGCUUUCUUAUCAUUCUCAGUAACUGAUUCUCCUAUACUUGCUACCCUUGGGUCUAUUAUAGACUUAAGAUUCUCUAAUGUCAGUAUUCCAUCACAUAUUCCGGUCUUGGCUUUUCCAGUCUUACCUAAGGCUAAUAGUUACUUUAAGCAAUUCUCGGGUGAAGCGGUUUCUUAUUUCUCAAAGUUGAUUAAUGACCUUGGUAGAAUAGAUGAUGUGCAUCCGAUUAAAUUCAUGAACUUGACUGCUUUAGAAGAGAGUAGCAAUAGAUAUCACGGAUAUUUGAAAGGCAGUACUGGUAGUGAGGAAUUGGAUAAAAAGUUUGAACCAAUUGAGUUAGAAGAGGAUGAAGAAUCUGAAACCGAGCCAGAUGAGGAAGAAUUUCAAAUGGAUGCUGAUUUAGAUGAUGGUGGGGAAGUUGAAAUUGAAGGAAUGGAUGUGUUGGAGAUUGAAGAAGCUUCCGCAAUUCAAUUAGCCGAGGUAAAUAGGGCUGAUAGCUUAGAAAAGGAUGUAGAACAAGGAAAGCAUGAUUUGGUGGAGACUGAAAAAGUUUCUGUUGUCCCAUAUGAGGGGAAUGAAUCUGAUAGUUUAGAAAGGGAUUUAGACCAAGGGCUUACAACUUCUAAUGUUGAGGUUGAGUUGGCUGAAUCCUAAUCUUUCAUUGCUGAUAAUGCACUUGAGUCGAUGAUUGACAAUCCUGAAAGCAUAGUGAAAGAAAUUUCUGCUAUUGCAGAAGCCCAACCUUUGGAAAUGAUGGAGUCUCCAAUAAGACAUGAUGAAGAUAAUGUUGGUGCAUAUCAGAUCCUGGGAAUUUCCUCACUUGUACUGAGUCUGUUUGCUGGUACAGUUCUCUACAUGAAGAGAAGAAGUGAUAAGACUUUGUAUCCAGUAGCAGUCUCAAGUAAGAAAUUUGCCACACACCAUGUUGUCAAAGAGAAACAUUCCUCUCAAAAUUGGCCAACAGAGGUCGAUGUCGCAGGAGCGAGACGUCCGUUUGAUAUGAGCAUCUUUCAAAUAAGUUCAUCUCAUAGCAAGAAAUAUCCCAAAUCAGAGGAUGAUGAGGCUCAGAGCAUUGAGAAGAAACCUAGAAAGAGUAACAGGAGAGAAUCCUUGGCUGCAUCUGAGUUCUCAAUGGGUUCACCUUCAUAUGGAAGUUUCACUACAUAUGUGAGGAUUCCUGCCAAGCAUGAGAGUGUAUUUAACUUGGCAAGUGAAGGAGAAGAAGUCAUCAUCCCCGUAAGACGCUCGAACAGAAUUAGAAGCCAUGUCAAUUUCUCCAUGAAGAUUCUGAAGUCGCGUCACUGCUGCAUUGACAAUUGAAGGAAAAUUGCUCUUUUGCUUCUCAGCAAAUCAGUCUUAGUAGGAUUUUAACUGAAGUGAUUCAAGUAUGAUUUGUAGGAUUUUAAUGUUUUAAUUAGUUUGCUGAUGUUAUAAUGUUGUUAGUGAAACUUUCUGCCUCCGUUUGUUGAAGUUUCGUUUAUUAGUUGAGGAUUUCGUGUGGCUUGUGUAUAGCACUUUGCUUGACCCUUGCUUCUAUGAACUUUUGCAUGAUCUGA